AAUACGCACGAACACACAAUUCACAAUACCAUUAUUGAGAGAAGAGGAGCCCGAGCAGAGACAACGAGUGACAUUUUGCCUUCAAACAAGAAAGAUUUUUGACUACACUGACCUUUAAAUGAAUACAAGAUUAGUAACCGGUUUGUUUUGAUUCUUUAGUUUGUCAGUUUCCUUGGAGAUGAGGAGACGUUUUCGCGCUUGCAACUAGCAUCAAUUAAGACAUACGUUUUCACGACUUGGCCUCAUUACUGCUCAAUGUGUUUACCGGGCGAUGCUACAUACACUUUCUGUGAACGUCUCACAAAAGUGACCGCGAGCAUGAUGAUGAAUGGACAUCUGUCAGAGGAGAUUGUUGGAAGUACAACUCUGUCCGGUUUAUAGGUCAAAUUGUUUUACGGUAGGAAUUCAUGAACUGAUUUGUUUGUUGUAUGGACACGCUAUUUAAGAAAAUGAGUAUUUCCAUCCUCUCUGUAACCUGUUUAAUGGCUUGCAUACUGUCAGUUCAGUGUAGUCUGGGAGCUGAGACUGUGUCUCAGGAGUCUCAGUGUGCUUCUUGUGGACUCGGGCAUCCGGAUGAUUCGGGGCGAAUGGACACAGACUUUCUGGAGGCGGUUAAAAGGCACAUAUUGAACCGACUGCAGAUGAGAGAGAGACCAAAUAUCACUCAUCCCAUUCCCAAAGCUGCCAUGGUAACGGCGCUGCGCAAACUUCACGCGGGUAAAGUUCGGAAGGACGGGAGGUUUGAAAUUCCCAACUUGGAUGGACAUGCUGCCCACAACGAGGUGCAAGAAGAAACGUCGGAAAUAAUCAGUUUCGCCGAGUCAGAUGAUGUGACUGCAUCGAAGUCCAGCCUCUACUUCUUGAUUUCCAAUGAGGGGAAUCAGAACCUCUACGUGUUGCAUGCAAACCUGUGGCUGUACUUCAAGCUGUUGCCAGGUACUCAGGAGAAAGGACUGCGGCAGAAGGUGACAGUGAGAGUGCACUACUGUGAGCCUGGAGGGCAGAACGUGCACUGGCCCAUGAUGGAAAAACGUGUGGAGUUGAAGCGCAGUGGCUGGCACACCUUCCCUGUGUCCGAGGCCGUACGGGAAAUGCUGGCAAAAGGGGGUCGCCGACAGGACCUCGACAUUCACUGCGAUGGCUGCGAGGCUGCCAACGUUCAGCCCAUCCUGGUGGACCCAAACGAUCCCUCACACCGACCCUUCCUGGUGGUCCGCGCCCAGCAGGCAGACGGGAAACACCGUAUCCGAAAGCGGGGCCUGGAGUGUGACGGCACCCAUGGUGGUUUGUGCUGCCGACAGCAGUUUUACAUUGACUUCCGGCUCAUUGGCUGGAACGACUGGAUCAUCGCGCCAGCAGGGUACUAUGGGAACUACUGUGAAGGCAGCUGCCCAGCUUACUUGGCAGGAGUUCCGGGCUCUGCCUCGUCAUUUCACACGGCAGUAGUAAACCAGUACCGCAUGAGAGGCAUGAGUCCUGGUUCAGUCAACUCCUGCUGCAUACCCACCAAACUCAGCACCAUGUCCAUGCUCUACUUUGAUGAUGAAUACAACAUCGUCAAGCGUGACGUGCCGAACAUGAUCGUGGAGGAGUGUGGCUGUGCCUGAAUGGAAAAAUCCACGUUAGGACAUGUUACGAAGGCAGUGACAGUCAUAUUUAUGGUCUUUUUGAACCACAUGCAUAUAGAUUGUGUUAAUAUUUGUGCACUCACAAAGAACAAUCACACACACGUUAGUACAAAAAGGCUUUGGGAUGGUAAGGGAAAGGGAACACCACAAGGUUUUUCUCUAGUUUGCCAUUUCUAGACUUAAAAUAAAUGUCUCAAUACUUUCCUCUCCAACAGCAAAAAGGAGACAACCUGGUAUCACACUUUGACAUAAGUACUUAGAGACUGUUGUACAAGCACUGACAUAUCUCCUACUUCAGAACACCAGCACUUCAACAGCUUGUUUAAGACAAUAUGACAAAUCAUUCCUGCUGAUGUGGAGAUUUCCAAAUCAGUGUCAUCUUUCCAGUCGUUCCCCAGAGGCAUUCCCACAGUAAUGACUCCGGUUGUCUGCGGCAUUGUUAAAUCUGUUGUGAGGCUUCUACUCAAACUGUAAGCACCUCUGGACAAGAUCAUCUUGAAACUAAAACCACUUCUGCCAUUCUGCUAAUAUGUGCACAUCUUGAUUGUAGCAGACUGCAUAACUAGAUCUUGAGGUCUAACCGGUACAGCGCAAACUUCACCGCUUCCUUCAUCUGCACACUUCAGUGGCUGACGCAGCGGUGUGCGUUCCGCGGAGCCGCUUCCAUUCUGUCCAGCUGGUUUACAGGGAGUACAGCACUUGCGAAAACUCUCGAAAUGCACAAUUUAAAGCACUUGCAUUUUGCAAAGCCUUCAAAAGGGUACAUAGAAGUGGACCUACCCUUGCCCAUAGUCCUUUUAAUAUAAAGUGCCGCACGAACUAUGCAAUGUAUAGUAAUCCUGAACUAUGUCAAAAAAAAAAAACAGAAUUCUUCUUUCUGCUUGUCUUUAACUCUUUAUCAAUACUUGAAAUGUGAUCUUUCGCUUGCUUUCCAAAGCGGAUGAUUGUUAUGAUGUUUGCACUGAAAAGUUGCGGGAUUAGUUAAAAGACAAAAAAAACAAAAAACAUCUGCCAUUGAAAAUGAUAUUUUUGUAGUAAAACUGAAUUUUGUGAAAAAUGUAUUGUACCUAAUGAAUUGUACCAAAGAGGCCAAUAUUUUAGCUAUUACAAUAAGGUGGCAAGGCCAUUCCAAUAUUUGUAAAAUAAUUAUUGAUACUUCUCAAGAGGCCUAAUAAUCAGGGUACAACAUUAUGGAUUCCAUUUGUAGCUCUGUCUAAUUUUUUAUACUAUGUACAGAAAACUGAUGAACACAAUCUCUUCCUUGUCUUUAAUUUUCCAGUCUACUAUUUAAUACGAUU